AGUAAUGUAGCCUUUGUGUAGUAACGUGUCGUCUUUAUAUUGUACAUUUUAUUAGUGUAAAUAAAGUUACAUUUUAAUGUGUUAUUUCGCUACGCCUGGGAGCUUGAAUAGACUGCGAUGUCUCCCGGCCACCCCGAACUCCAGGACGUAACAGUGGCGACGAGAAAUCCGUGCGUGCAAUAGUGAGGAACCGCGACACGUUAAGUUUUCCGCGGAGGAGAAGAUGGGCGACGGCGACACAAUGGACAUCAGGCGGAGUGAGCAAGCACAGCUCCAGCAUUCGGCUUCAAUGGCUGGACAGGAUCAGCACCAGCGUCAGGUGGAUCAGUGGCAACACUCGCCGGUUCUGAGGUCAGUAUACCAGAACCAAAAUGCUCCAUUCCCAUCAGUGCCCGUGGAAAUCCGUCCUCAGCAUCAGCACCAGUUUAUCGAUCAACCCUCGCAUCAAACCCCAGCUGGAGUCAAUGAAUGCCCCAUUGACUCGCUACCAUAUGAUGGGCAGUCAGCGGUACAAGCACCACCGCCGCCAUCAUCGUCAGGCCGGUUUCCACUCGAUCGAGAGCAGUACCUCGAAGAGCAGUUUCGGCAGAUGCGAGAAGCUAGCGACAAAUACUUUAAUAGUAUGAAUCGGCUGAUGGAGCUCCAAUAUCAAGCUUAUGUGGAGCGGAUGAAAACAUUCAACCAACAGACGCAGUUGAUGUUUUCGCUAUGUUGGGCUGCUCGAGCGCCACAGCCAACAUACAAGUCUUUCCCGAUCAGCACAAAACAGCAGGAAACACAACACCAAGCACCGUUUCCAAAUGAUGCCUACUCUACGGCGGCGGUAAUAAAUGAAGAGCAACCGCGGCAGCCACGAGUGGAUCAGCUGAUUGUUUCCGAGCCGGCGCUUCGUUGUGAUGAUCAACAGCAGCAGAGCCAAGAAAUAAAAAAGCCUAUUGUCGUACCUGCAGCACCCGACGGCAGUAGUGAAGUAGGUUUGGAACACGCUCAGCAGAACGAGCAAGCAGCAGGGGUGUUCAAGUCGUGCAUUGUCGGUUCACUUCGGAAAGUAGAAAUUGUUUCCGAUAAGCACCCACCGAUCGGCGCGAUCGAGUCGGAUCGAAAGUUCGUCCAAUACUUUCUGGAUCGACAUGGGCAUCGGAUGGAUUUGGCACGUGGACGUGCCUCAGUGUUCAGCGACGUCUUCGAGUGGAUGAUAAACCAAGGUGGAGUGAGAGUCAAACUGCGUGUGUGCACCACAGUCCUCAUCGCUAACAUGAUCACCGGCCACGCUUUCACCACUGUCCACCAUCAUCGCUCUUCCUGCGCCAGAAGACCGCUGUAAUGAUUUACCGUCAACCGUUUAGAGGGGGAGAUGUUGAGAACCACUGGAUUGGCUCUCAUGCUCUCGUCGUUCUGCGUGCUCGCCGGUAGCAUUUCGUCAUGCCUUCGGUCGAUGCACAAUCGCAGGGAUUAAUUUAGAAGUAAUGUAGCCUUUGUGUAGUAACGUGUCGUCUUUAUAUUGUACAUUUUAUUAGUGUAAAUAAAGUUACAUUUUAAUGUGUUAUUUCGCUACGCCUGGGAGUUUGAAUAGACUGCGAUGUCUCCCGGCCACCCCGAACUCCAGGACGUAACAGCAACGGAGCUACCCAAUUGGCGCUAAAAGAAUGCUGACGACGUUGCUGCAACAAGUUGGCAACGGAGCCGCCAGAAUGGAUACAACGGAGAUUGCUGACGACGGCAUACGGGCGGAUGGCAACCAUCGGUCAUCGGCGCGGGCCAGCUGUUUCGACAUGCGACGACGGAAAGUGCAAGUGCAGGCAAAUGAAGUGUGAUUAAUUGAAAUAUUGUAAUAAAGGUUUAGUUCGAUUUCGGCUUUAGGGUAGUCAAGUAGCUUUUUUUAAAAAGAAACUUCCAUCCGAGAACUUUCAACUCGCGUUCGCUUUGCUAGAUUUUUGCGAGAGUGAGUUUUUGGAGGCAAAGUGUACAGGCCGCGUUUUCAUUCGGUCGUCGUCGUCGUCGUCUAUUUCACUGCUCAUCUUCGUACGGGGCGAUUUAUGAUACGAUAAAUGCAACAAACAACAUUUUUUGCGAUUUUAGUCAACAGACAUUGAAAUGUUCGUCACGUCAAGUGUCGGCCCAAGUUCCAAAGCCACGUUGGUUCAAAUCACUUUAUUUUCUCUUUCGUUAAUUUUCGCACUUCGAAAACUAUCUGAAUGGUUCGUUAUCUUCGAUGUCGGCAUGUGUUUUGUUUUAGUCCAAAUGAAAAUAAGUGGUUUGAUAUUAAUAGGGUUGCAUGAAUCACUCCACUUACCAAAGUGAACUCAUAUCAUGCGCCCUAUCCCCUCCCCACUAACAAAAAGUCCUUCCCAUGACAGACGUGGAGACGCAGAGGUGAUCUCUGUCUUUAGUAAGCAACGCACGUCAUAAUAACAUUCCUUUCCUUCCUCGAUGACCGUAAGGACGUGGCCGGCGCCGUUAUUGACCUAAUAAAGUUUGGAAUUCUCGAAGAUGCACAUUGAGGACGGUAAGCUACUCCCAAGCUCCGUCUGUUGGUUCCUUGUGCAACUUCGAUUGUUCUGGUCAAUCACGGAGUAGCAACUACGAAUAGUACGGUCAUCUAUGCUCAUGCUCAUGCUCAGUUGACGAUCCGAUCUCGUUCGAUACAGACGUGUUUGUUAGAUUGAAAGCUAUUAACAAAGCUGUUUUGGUGUGAGCAAUAGGCAGACACUGGAGGGCGAGAUGGAGGGUCUGGUGAAAAAUACGCGUUCCCGGAUGGUGCUACCGGACCAAGUGCCCGGUUGGUCAAGAGUUUCGACGCAGACUAGUUUAUAAUGGAGAGUGAGUCGUGUGUCCGCGUUCCGGGAAUAGUGUCAUCGUGAGAACAUUUGCUAAAAGAAAAGAAAAGUGUGUUGCUUCCAUACUGCUGCUACUUGGCACUUUUGGCCUUUGUGUGGUCAAGCAGCGAGGCAGAGAAAAGUGUGAGGAAAAUGAAAGAAGAAAGUGAAGUUCGCAAGCGUGUUUAGAGUUCCAGAAUCUGCUUUUAAAUAGAAACGCCUAAUAUAAGUGCCCGACGGUGUAUAAUAAACAGAAGAUCACGCACAGUUUCCUAGUUGAAGAGUUGGCGGCAGUAGCACCAGUGCGGUUCCUCCUUCGAGAACAAACUGCAGAAACCCCUCCUGUUCCGCUUGUUUCUCCUGCUCCUGCAGAGACACAGGACUGUCACUACCUGAUGAAUCUUCCAGAAAUUCUUUAUGGAGAAGUGCUUUCUCAUAUACUGCUGUAGAAUUACGAUAUUCAGAUGAUUUGAUGAGAUCGUUUCAAUCAUUUCUUUUGAUUAAUGUUAUGUUAUCUCAGAACUUCUCCUUCCCUUUAUUAGAAAUCAGAUUUUUUUAUUUUUUUUUUUUUUUCGUUUCAGAGAGCGAGUAAAGGCGCUUAAGCCUAGGCAUAAGGGCCAGGUCACAGAGUAAAUACCUGUGUUCCAUCCCAGGAAACCAAGGACCAAGGGGCGACAUUAACCUUCUUAGCAUCGUCACCCCCACCGAUUUUCAUAUCUUUUUUCUACCUAAAAAGCUGAGUGGUUGGUACGAGAUGUCCCCACUCAAUAGCUUUCGUGUAAAACUAAAAACACUGCACAGUAGGCCUGGCCGCUUUAAUGCUUGUAAUGCAUUUCCAAUGUACUGCAAGCACUAACCUUCCGUAACUCGCGCGGUUGACUACCUGCGUCAGCACCACGCUAAUGCUGAGUACAAAAAGCGAGAUUUUUUCAACGUGUUGUACAAAAUACAACAGCGCGAUUGUUCGAGGGUUAAUAAUGACAAGAUAAAUGGUAGAAUUAGUCGACUCUAUCAUUUUCCAGGAUUUUUUCAAUGAACGGCUGUGUAUGUGUAGACUAGACUAGACUAGACUAGUUUACAAUGGAGAGUGUUUACAAAAUCUCCGAAGAACGAUGCUUAUGUAUCAAGUGUUCAUGAAUGAACGAUCGAUGAAAGGUGUUGAUGCAGAAUCCCGACAAACACGUGUUCGAAUACUCAAAUGCCGAGAACGUGAAAAUCACGAUGUCCGUCGCAGGUGGAUGCAGCAAGUACAUACAUACAUACAAUUAUUUGCUCAAGAUCAUUAAGACAAGACAUAAUCAACAAUAGAACGCCACAAUACUCGGUUUGUGACUGCCACUCUCCAUCCUCGGUCGCGCCCAAUGCUCGCUAGGUCAGGCUCUACCUGGUUCGCCCAUCGUGCUCUCUGCGCUCCACGCCUUCCGGAUCAGUUGCAAACACCAGCUUUCCAGGGUUGUUGUCCGGCAUUCUUGCAACAUGCCCUGCCCACCGUAUCCUUCCAGUUUAGGUCACCUUCUGGAUGCUGGGUUCGCCGUAGAGUGCAGCGAGCUCGUGGUUCAUCCUUCUCCGCCGAACACCGUUUUCCAGCACACCGUCGAAGAUCGUCCUUAGCACGCGUCGCUCGAAAACUCCGAGUGCUUGCAGGUCCUCCUUGAGCAUGGUCCAUGACUCGUGUCCGUAGAGAACUACCGGUCUUAUUAGCGUUUUGUACAUGGUGCAUUUGGUGUGUGGACGAAUUUUUUUCGACCACAGUUUCUUCUGGAGCCCGUAGUAGGCCCGACUUCCGCUGAUGAUGCGCCUUCGAUUUUCACGGCUCACGUCGUUGUCAGCCGUCCGUAACGAUCCGAGGUAGACAAAUUCCUCCACCUCGAAAGUAUCCCCGACUAUCGUAACAUUACUACCCAGACGGAUCCGGUCGUGUUCGGUUCCGCUGCUCAAAAACCGACAUCUCUUCUCGACAUUGCGUCAAGCGGCGAUUAGGAAAUUGAGUGUUUGUGGGUGCCCCCAAGGGGGAGUCUUAUCACCGCUUUUAUGGAAUCUCGUAGCAGAUACGCUAUUGAGGCAACUCAAUAAUAGCGGUUUUCCAACAUAUGGUUUUGCCGACGACUAUCUAACAUUGUUAGUUGGUAUGUGCAUCAGCACCCUUUUCGACCUGAUGCAAAACACCCUUCAGGUAGUUGAGGGUUGGUAUCGCCAAUAUGGCCUUUCGAUCCGAGUAAAACAUCUAUACAGUAACAAAUUUUGAAAACGACGUAUAAUCAAUGCUACACCAUUGAUUAUACGUCGUUUUCAAAAUUUGUUACUGUAUUGUUCUUUUCACGGAAAAGCGAAACCGUAAUGGUGUUCGAACUUUACGUGUCUCUGAUUCUGAAAUCGAUGUGACUGAACAGGUAAAGUACGUUGGAGUCAUUCUUGAUUCCAAGCUUUCCUGGACACCUCAUGUUGAGUUCAGAAUCAAGAAAGCUUGUAUGGCCUUCGGUAAAUGCCGGUGAACCUUUGGUACAACUUGGGGUCUAAAACCCAAGUAUAUCAAAUGGAUUUACACAACUGUUGUUCGACCAAUAUUGGCCUAUGGAUGUCUUGUGUGGUGGCAGCAGAAGGGCGAAGCGAGAACGGUCCAAUCAAAAUUAACCCAUCUCCAAAGGAUGUGCUUAACCCUAAAAGGGAUACCUUCAUGGCCUCAGUUUCGUCACUUCGCUAAGUGUGUUACAUCAAAGACGAGCUCUGAAAGGCGCCUGGGGUCCAAUGGACCCCAGGUAUCCCUUUUAGGGUUAAUGGCGAUGUCUGCAGACAUGGAGCGUUCUCUUCAACUCCCACGGCAGCGCUCGAAGUGCGCUUUGACGUUGCUCCACUACACAUUCAUCUCAAACAAGAAGCACUUUCUUGCACUUACCGUCUAAGGGUAUUGGGUUUACUAGAGGAAACUCCUGUGAACCGCACAUCAACACACACCUCGUUGUUUCCACUUUUGGUGAAUUGGGACAAAGUUGUCCUUGCUCCAAGUGAUCUUACAAUUGCUUGUAAUUUUCCAUAUAGGACAUUUUCCACGAAAUUCCCUUCCCGGGAAGAGUGGAUAUCUGGAAGGAAGUAUUUCAGACGGCAUCGUAUGUUACACUGAUGGCUCCCUUCUCGAAGGUCGAGCAGGUGCUGGUGUUUGUUCUCGUGAGCUAAGGCUGCAUCAGUCUUAUUCACUUGGUAGACCCUGCACCGUUUUUCAGGCCGAAAUCUUAGCUCUUAUGUGCGGAGUGCAAUCAGCACUUCAGCAGCACGUAAUGGGCAAAGUAAUAUACUUCUGUUCAGAUAGCCAGGCUGCUAUUAAAGCACUUGCUUCGGCCAACUCCAGGUCGAAGAUAGCUAUCGCUUGUCGAACUCAAAACGAGGAGCUAAAUUCAGCAAACGCUGUUCACCUUGUAUGGGUACCUGGCCAUUCUUCCCGCUGGAAAUGAAUUGGCUGAUGAGUUAGCUCGCACUGGAGCAUCACAUGACUUCAUUGGCCCUGAGCCAGCUAUUCCGGAAUCCAAGUGUUGGGUAAAGCUUCAGAUUGACACCUGGGCUGCCACUCAGCACAAACAAUACUGGAAUAGUUUGGAGUCAUGUCGUCAAACAAAAUUGUAUUGUACUGAUCCAUCUCUAGGGGUGGCGAAGUAUUUAACAAAUUUGUAGAUCGUGGGUUUGAAUCCCACCAGAACGCGAUUUUUUCACAAAUGCAUCUCUCAAUUUGUCAAUUAGCAACAUUCUGUGCCUUCUAACUACAAGUUUUUCUGUAUGUUUAUUUAUGACAUACCAGCAAAUCUGGUAAAUACCAGUAAAGGACAACAUACAUCAGUGUAUGUAAUCAGUUACUGAUCUAUUUUUUUCGUUUUCCCUUCUUUACAGGAAUUAUGCGAAGCGUAGUGUUAUCCGUAUUGCAGAUAGAGCAAUAGACAAGUUCUUAGCAUGGCAGCGCAAUGUAUUGUAUUCAUGUGUUCGUAACACCAUCGAAUGGCUGUAUGGCGAAUAAAAAUUAAAAACUACAGAAACGGCCGGCUUUCGUGUCCUCUAUCAUUUCCAGUUCCAGUCCAUCACACUGAAGCCUACGACGGACAUGUUCGCGUUAUCGCUCCACCCUGGAACCGUCCCGGCACAUUCCACCCCAUACGUAUUGUUAUCAUUGUCAUAGAGGAGGCUAAAGUAAGUUGCCUGGACAUAGAAUGCAUGUGUAUUUAUUAGAGUGGGUCAUCUGUUACAUGGGAAAAUUGAUCGCAACCGAUCAGCUCAAAGCUUUUUAGAUCCCAUUUGGGGUAUUGGGCACUAUCGGUUUUAUCUGUGAUUUUCGCGUCGCGUUUGAAGUUUGUAUGGGAUUUUAAAACGGGAACACAUACUUUUUUUUUUUUGAAAGGCUCAUAGCCUACGAUGUGUUGAACAACUUUGUCGAAGACCACGAAGUGAUCUGAUGCUUAUGACAAAUGUUAUAGCGUAGGCAUUUCUUGCCAAAAUAGCAUUUUC